GGUGGGGGGGCGCGCGGGCCGGGGGCGCUUUCUUCCCAGCAGGCCGGCACGCGGCGGCCGGCUGCUCGCGGCAGAGCCCUCUGGGGAGCCCGACGAAUACACCCGCCCCCUUCCUGCUUUUGAAGCUCUGGCGUCCGCGGGGAGGGUCACGCCUGUGUGCCGCCUGCCCCCCAUUCCGGCGGCGCCCCCCCCCGGGGGAGACCGCCGCGCCAGCGAGACCCUGCACUCCGCCCUCUCCGCGGACGGGCUCGCGGGCGGCCCCUUCCGGAGCUUCCUGGAGUCCCGGGGCCGGGCCCCCGAGCUGCUGGGCCUGGGCCUGUGGCAGGACAUGGACAGCUUCCUGCACCUGCUGCUGAAGCUGCAGGACGGCUCGGGCCACACCCUCCGGCAGGUCAUCGCCGAGAGGAUCGUGGGAAAAUACCUGAGCCAGGACGGUGCCCAGCGCCCCCUCCUGGAGAGGGACACCGCCAGGCAGCUGCGGAGACUCCUGCCCACUGGGCAAGUCACCCCCUGGAUACAUGUGGCCAGGAAUGAGAUCGCUAAGGUCCUCUGCUCCUCCUAUGACGCUUUCCUGGACGACGAGGAUGCGCAGUUCCUUUCCCUUGUGGUAACUCACCGAUUGUCCGCUAACGGGGAAUCCGAUCAGUGUGCUUCCACUCACAAGUGCUUGCCCCAGUGCAACAGCAUUUUAAACCCUGUGAGGCCGAGAACCAGAGCUGCACUUCCCCCUGGUGGGGUGAAGCCGGAGCUACAGGUGAGGAGAAUGAGAGAGGCCCUGGCGCUGUGCCAGGCCUGCUCCUUCUCGGGGGAGCCUGGCCUGUUGUCUGAGGACACCUGGGACUUAAUGGCGCUGGAGGAUGUCAGGAGAGGAGGAUCGGUCCACCUGAACUACAGAAAGACCAGUGUCCUGGACCUGCCCUUUGAGGAGCUGGCCCUGAGACACCCCAGGCUGGCUGCCCAGGAGCUCAGUAAGAACUACAGGCUGUUCUACACCAGAAAGCCCCUCCUGGCAAGCGCAAAAUCCAAGCCAGUAGCAGCCAGCGUUUUCUUAAAGAAGACCAACCUUACUUUCAUGAAGAAAGGCAACAGCAUUGUUCGGAGGCCAUCCCUGAGACCAAGGUCCCUGGCGGAUGUGUUGAGAAACCCAGUGAACCUGGACUUCUUCAAGCGCUUCCUGAAGGCCUACAAUGCCCAUGGUGCCUUGCUCUUCUAUCAGGAAGUGGAGAAGCUCCGGAGCGUGAGCAAGCCCAGAGUCCUGCAGGCCAGGAUCGUCAGCAUAGUGGACAAGUUCUUCAGCCGGCACAGUGAUGUCGAGGGGUCCCUCCAGUGUGACGCCAGCAUCGUCUCUCAGAUCCCCAAGAUGCGCCGCGUUCCUUUAGACGUGCUCUUCAUGGCCCAGGAGCUGGUCGUGAAGUCCCUGGAGGCGAGGUGGUUCCAGCAGUACCAGGACACGUUCCCCCCCUGCUCCUCCACGGUCUCGGACACCUGCGACCGGGCGGCUGUGCUGAAGAGCAAACUGAAGCGGGUCUGGAGCAUCUUUAGCCGGUACAUUAAAACUGUCUGCAGAUUUCGCAGCGCCAUGAAGGACACCCCGACCAGGAGUGAAUUCGAGCACUACCUCCGACACAACUUCCGGGACUUCUCAGAAAGUGGCACAGAGCUCGUCUCUGCCCACGACGCCGCCGGGGAGGGAGACCCGUCGCACCUGAGGAGGCGCGUCGUCAACAACAAGUUAAUCGCCGCCGGCUUCCUGGUGAACGACCUGUCGUUCUGCCUGGAGACGGAGCGGUUUCGGAGCCUUGCGGACGCCGGCGCGGUGAUGGCGUCUGUGGGCAUGUACGGGGAGAGCGACCAGGCCGUGCUGCAGAGCAAAGCCGACAUGAUCAUCAGGCUGUUCCUGCGGUCCGAGAUUGCUCCCAGGCUGAGGAUUAACAUCUCGGAGGUUCAGAGAGAAGCUGUUCUGCAGUCUUUCUCGCAGGGCAAGGUCGACCGCGGCCUUUUCCACUCUGUGUUCGUGACCGUCUUCCCAAACCUCGUCUUUUGCUGGAAAAAGUUCUGUUCUCAGAAGGUGAUGAAGACUCUGUAUGGAGACGCGAGAGAAGUGAAGAAGAAGGACGUUGCUGUGACCCCCAACUACCUCUACCCCACCCUCCAGAAGGACUGGCACAAGAAGAUCAAGACCAUCCUGUCUGUCACUGAUGAGUUCACCACUCUGAGGUUCACCCUGCAUCGCGGCCUUCAGCUCAUCCUUCCCCAGGCAAAACUGGACAUCAAAGUGUGUUCCAGUGUCAUCGCCCCAACAAAAUCCCCCAGCCAUCAUCUCUUGGUUUCUCCCACCAGCCAGGCUGCGGACAGGCAUGCUCCACCUGAAUUGCAGAGCAAGCAAAGGGAGCCUGUUGUGCAAGUACACAGUUCCCACCAGCCCCGUGCGGAAGGGACCUGUGCCCCUCAGCUGGCCUGACGCUGUCCUCCGAUCAGAAUGAAAUAAAACUGGACAGGCUGUGCUCCUGGAACUGUAGGCCUUGUUCACCCUUUUCACUU